GGGACAGGGUCUCUAAUUCAGUAAUGUCAGUAAUGGAUUUAAGAGUAAUGGUGGUAUACUAGUAAAUGAACUCAGACUAGAGCAGCGACAGUAGAUACUAGAUUGUAGAUAAUAAGUAAAGUAGAUAAGAUAGUACAAAUCUUUGCAUAGGAAAAGUUCGCGGAAAUGUCAUUUGCCUAAACUUUGUCAUUUUCUGAGGGAUGAUCACAUUAUUCCGAUUCACGAAUCAGUACUCGAAAGUGCAUUCCGUUACGUUCCGAGUUUUCAUUCGUUUGAAGUCUUCGAAUGUCUGGUCAUUUGUCAUUAGUGGUCAAAGGGAGAUAACUUCAAUUUACAGCCAGGACAUGGCAACAAGAAAACAUCUGCGCAUUGUUAUGAUCUUUGUUUAUGAUUCAUCACACUCAUCAAACAAUGACACACAGAGAUGUGGUCAGUUCUCACAAGACGGCGAGCGGUGAAACGUCGACUGGCGGUAUUGACUGGAGCAAACCACCUGACAUCGAUGCCUACCUUGAUAAAGAGAACACCCAAUACCUUCUAGAGAAACGAACAUCACCGCAAAAAUGGAUAUGGAAGUUACGAAUGAUGAACUCGGCGGGAUUCGUGUAUUUUUCUGUUUACUCGUUGUCAAGUCUAAUUGUUGGCCAUUUUUUCACGUUGCCUUAUCUUUACGGGUAUGACAAAGAUGUUUUGAGGAAUCGUAAAAUCCUGGCGGUGUACAUUUUUAUCAUGCUCGUCACCAAUUACAUUCUAAUUGUUGUACGAUCCAAGCGUUCAAGGUUCGGUAUUUUUAGCCAGAUGUUGCCGUCUGCUAAUCAAGCUCAUUGGACGAAAUGUCCUAAUUGUGAUAUUUUAGUGCCACCGAGAGCCAAACACUGUGUUCUAUGUGAUGUGUGCGUUCUAAAACGAGACCACCAUUGUUUUUUUGCGGGAUGCUGCAUUGGAUUUCAUAACCAGCGUUACUUUAUUGUGUUCUGCUUGUAUGGCUGCCUUGGAGCGAUGUACAGUUUAUACGUGACUUAUUGUUUCCUAGAAAUCCAUUACAUCCCACUCUUUAGUCUGGAUUUCUAUGGUUACCUGAUGCCAUGGUUGCUAUGGAGAUGGUAUCUAGGGGUAAUCCACCAUUCUGUUAUCUGGCUUGCCCUUCUGCUUUAUCUGUCCUUGACCACCUUAAUAGCCUGUGGAUAUUUCUUGACGUGGCAGUUGGUCCUUUUAUGCACGGGACAAACUACAUAUGAAUUUUUGAAACGGAACAAAACAUUCAAGCAGCCAUUGACGGAGAAUCUUAAGUCUAUAUUCGGGAAGUGGUCACUCAUUAACUUUAUUAUUCCCCUACCAUGGAUACGCAAUGAAGGGGAUGGUAGAAAAUGGAAGACAAGAUGCAGCCUGGAUGAAAAACAUUUCUAAGGAUUUAUUCAAAUUUUAUUUAUUGUAAAAUGGUCCCGAAGUUGAUUUUUAUUAAUUUUCUGUGAUGUAUAACAAAUGAUUUAGCUGCUGUGGGCGUAUGUUUCGUAGCCUGGCAACCUAUCCUCUGUGAUGUAUAACAAUUGAAUGGUGUAUUUACCUUGUCUCAAAAUUUCAGCUCAAAACCACCUAUCCGGACACGUAACCCUUUUAAGAUUUCGGGUGGAUUUUUCCUUGGGUGACCUGAUAAUCUAUUGCCUUUCCUUUAGAGGUCUAUACAGUGUAUGACCAACGUGCUAUACUUGAUAACGAAAGGUAAAUUUCACCUACACGUUAUUUUUAUAAAAUAAAAGUCUAGUUUUAUCCAGACACCAUAUAAUACAACUUGGGACACUGGUUUCCAUUUCCAGAUGAAGACUGACUGGUUAAACAUAUAUUGAGUUAGUUGCUCGGCCCGAAGGUAGGGUAUUAUUAAGCAGUGGACACAUUAGCCAAAUUAUUUGGCCGAAUCAAUCGGCGCCAAAUUUUGUUCUGCCGAAUGGGUGGACACACUAGCCGAAUGCUUCUCCCGAUUCACCAGUCGAUUGCAUCACCUUUCACGUCACAUGAUUAAACAUGGCGGCGUCUACAUGUAUGUCUUGGCUAAAGAAUUCUACAUUCGGCCGAAUGCUUCGGCAAAGCUGACAAACCAGGCGAAUAUAUCAAACCUGUUUGAUUCGGGCAAAUCAUUUGGCCGAAUAGAAAUUCGGCCGAAUCAUUCGGCCGAAUGACAGUGGAGACACUAGGCGAAUUUUGACGCCGAUUGAUUCGGCCGAAUCAUUCGGCUAGUGUGUCCAACGCUUAAGGAUUUGGACACAAAAUUGGGAAGUUUUAUUCUUCAAAAUAUAAUCGAGAUUGGCCCUUUAAUCCAUCAACUGUAAUAUAUUAUAUAAAUAGGAAUAAAGCAACAACUGUGAUUUAAGUUAUAUGUAAUUCAUUCCAAAUUAAAGAAUAUUUAAAUUGUCUUUAAUUAUUAGGCUAAUUAAUAAAUAAUUCAUAUUUAUUCAAAUUGAUGUUUGUGGCAAUAAAUGAUAAGAAUUUUAUUUUAUUAAUUCUGUUCUUGGUGAAUGAUAAUUAUGUUAUUUUAUAAAUUCUAUUCUUGGUGAAUGAUAAUUAUGUUAUUUUAUU